AUGGCUGCCAGGCGCAUUAUAAUGCAAAACAUUAUAAGGCAAGAGAGGAUAGCACGUCGACUUCAGGAUAGAUCAAAUCCACUGGAAUCGUUGACAGAGGAAGAAAUUUUUAUGAGAUACAGGUUUAGAUCCGCCACUAUUUUCUUCAUAUGUAGUCUCAUUGAAAACCAACUGGAACAUCCGACGAAGAGGAGUUCGGCUCUGCCACCAUUGUUACAGGUGUUACUAGCACUUCGUUUCUUUGCUACGGGUGCGUUUUACCAACUUAUUGGGGACUCGCUGGCUAUUUCCAAGUCGACUACAGGACGAGCGAUACGAGAAGUUACCUCCCUCCUCUGUUCGCUAGCCAGACAGUUCAUUCGCUUCCCAUCAAUUCCUGAAACUGCAGAGAUACGCACUAAAUUCUACAGUUUAGCAGGUAUACAUGUCCAAGAUUUGAUUAUCUGUAUUGACAUGACAAGUCUAAAACAACUGCGUACUUGGCAGUUACUUACCUGGCGAUGUACAGUGCCCGAACGCUAG